AUGUAUGAACAUGCUGGAAACAGCCAGCCAGCCCAGACAGGGAAACUGAGGCAGACUAGGAGUAAACAGAAGUCAGCACCUGCAGACAGUCUCAUCAUUCACAGCUGUUUUGCGUGCGGAUGCAAAGCCCUCUCCCUUCUCCCUCCUGCUGUCUACCUUUCGGGCGGGCAGUCGCGGGCUGCCAGCCAUCACCCAGCCCCGUCGGGCACGCACAGGGCACCACUGCUCCUCUGGGCUGAGCAAGGCAGGGGCGGCCCCAGCCGGGCACCCCCGGCAGCCUGGGCCGCGGGCCCGGCGGGGGGCCCGGAGCUCGCCUUCCCCGCGGGGCCGUGCCGCCCCCCCCCCCCCCCCCCCCCCGNGCCCGCCUUCCCCGCGGGCAGGUGGCCGGGGGGCGGCGGGCCCGGCCCGGCCUCGCCCGCCCUCAGGGCGCUUCCCCCGGCCGAGCCGUCCGAGGGGGCGCCGGCGGCCUCGCAGCGUCGGAAGCGGACCAGCUUCACGGCGGCGCAGCUGGAGACGCUGGAGCUGGUGUUCCAGGACACCAUGUACCCCGACAUCUACCUGCGGGAGAAACUGGCCGACGCCACGCAGAUCCCCGAGUCCCGCAUCCAGGUGAGGGGCGCCGGCCGUGCCGCGCCCGCCGCCGGGGCCGCCCCGCCGCGCUCACCGCGCCCUCUCUCCGGCCACGGCUUCGAGGGCUUCCCGCCCGGGCAGCCCGGCGGGGCCGAGCCCGGCCCGUUCGCGGGCAGCGCCGCCGGCCCCUUCCCGCCGGGCCGCGCCUUCUGCGGGCAGUACUCGCCCGUGUCGGACGCCGAGGACACCAGCGGCUACUCGGAGUCGGGCUCGGAGUGGGAGGAGAACGCGCUCGGCGCCUUCCGCGCCCUCUGAGCGCCGCCGCGGCGGGACGGGUGAAAGGCUCCCGGCGGAGCCGUCCCGCUGCCCGGGCGGGGAGCAGUCACACACCGCGCUACCUCACUGCUGCUCUGCCACUGUUGCACUUUAUCCGGUAGUAACUGAUUG